GUGACGCUGCGCCGCUUGAGCUCAGCAUGGCGGAGGUGGCGGCUGCGCCCGCGACCCGCAGCCCCCGGCGCUGAGCCGGAGCCGCGCCGAGCUCGGCGGCCGGGCCUGCCUUUAUCCCCCUCCCUUUCUCUCCCCUCCCUUUUUCCCUACCCUUUGCCUUCUCCCGCCAUGGCCGAGCCGGCGGCCGCGGGCAUCUCCUCGCUGCCUCGCGAGGUCCGCGAGCAGCUGGCCGAGCUGGAGCUGGAGCUCUCGGAAGGGGACAUCACACAAAAGGGGUAUGAGAAGAAGAGAGCAAAGCUCCUGGCUCCGUACGUUCCCCAAACACAAGGGGUUGAUCCAGCUCUACAGAAGGAAUCCAGAACUCAGACACCCACUCCAUCUGCAACUCCAGCCCCAGCCCCGUCCUCAUCCUCAUCCAAAUUUCACCGAGCCCGCUCAGGGGGAGCCAGAGAUGAGCGCUACCGAUCUGAUAUCCACACGGAAGCAGUUCAAGCAGCACUGGCAAAACACAAAGAGCAGAAAAUGGCCCUCCCCAUGCCCACAAAGAGGCGAUCUACGUUUGUUCAGUCUCCAGCUGAUGCCUGCACCCCCCCAGACACGUCUUCCGCAUCCGAGGAUGAGGGGUCACUAAGGCGUCAAGCUGCUCUUUCUGCUGCAUUGCAUCAGAGCUUACAGAAUGCUGAGUCUUGGAUCAACCGAUCUAUUCAGGGGUCAUCCACAUCUUCAUCAGCAUCCUCUACACUUUCCCAUGGAGAAGGCAAAGGGACCAGUGGGUCACUAGCUGAUGUAUUUGCCAAUACUCGAAUAGAAAAUUUCUCAGUUCCCCCAGAUGUCACAGCAACUACCUCCUCUUCCUCCACGCGCCCAGCAGCAAUUGACCUUCCUCCUUCAGGGAUCGUGAAAGGCAUGCACAAGGGAUCUAAUCGGUCCAGUCUGAUGGAUACCGCCGAUGGUGUUCCUGUGAGUAGCAGAGUCUCCACGAAGAUUCAGCAGUUGCUGAACACCUUGAAGAGACCUAAGAGGCCCCCUCUGAAAGAAUUUUUUGUGGAUGACUUUGAAGAAAUUGUGGAAGUUCCACAGCCUGACCCAAAUCAGCCCAAGCCAGAAGGACGCCAGAUGACGCCUGUGAAAGGAGAACCACUGGGAGUUGUUUGUAACUGGCCCCCUGCCUUAGAAGCAGCACUGCAGCGCUGGGGAACCACGCAAGCUAAAUGCCCCUGUCUGACAGCACUGGAUGUUACAGGAAAACCAGUUUAUACCCUCACAUAUGGCAAAUUGUGGAGCAGAAGUCUCAAGCUGGCCUACACACUGCUUAACAAACUGGGGACCAAAAAUGAACCUGUGUUAAAACCUGGAGAUAGGGUAGCCCUUGUGUAUCCGAACAAUGACCCCGUGAUGUUUAUGGUGGCAUUUUACGGCUGUCUCCUAGCAGAAGUGAUACCAGUGCCUAUAGAGGUACCUCUAACCAGAAAGGAUGCUGGUGGUCAGCAGAUUGGUUUUCUUCUGGGAAGCUGUGGUAUUGCUUUGGCCCUCACCACUGAAGUCUGUCUGAAAGGGCUUCCAAAAACCCAAAAUGGAGAAAUUGUGCAGUUUAAAGGUUGGCCUAGAUUGAAAUGGGUUGUGACAGAUUCAAAAUACCUCUCCAAAUCUCCUAAGGACUGGCAGCCCAACAUCUCAGCUGCAGGAACUGAGCCAGCAUAUAUUGAGUACAAGACCAGCAAAGAGGGCAGUGUUAUGGGUGUCACAGUGUCUCGGAUUGCCAUGCUGUCUCACUGUCAAGCUUUGUCUCAGGCCUGCAACUAUUCUGAAGGUGAAACCAUAGUGAAUGUUUUGGAUUUUAAGAAGGAUGCAGGGUUGUGGCACGGCAUUCUCACGAAUGUAAUGAACAAAUUGCAUACCAUCAGCGUGCCCUAUUCUGUGAUGAAAACCUGCCCGCUGUCAUGGGUGCAGAGAGUUCAUACUCACAAAGCGAAAGUUGCUUUAGUCAAGUGUCGAGACUUGCACUGGGCCAUGAUGGCCCAUCGAGACCAAAGAGACGUCAGUUUGAGUUCUCUGCGCAUGCUGAUUGUCACUGAUGGUGCAAAUCCCUGGUCUGUUUCCUCAUGCGAUGCCUUCCUGAGCUUGUUUCAGAGCCAUGGGCUUAAACCAGAGGCAAUUUGUCCAUGUGCCACAUCUCCAGAAGCGAUGACUAUUGCAAUACGGAGGCCUGGGGUCCCUGGGGCACCUCUGCCUGGAAGAGCCAUACUGUCCAUGAAUGGGUUGAGUUUUGGUGUGAUUCGUGUCAACACUGAAGACAAAAACUCUGCUCUCACUGUUCAGGACGUUGGGCACGUGAUGCCAGGAGGGAUGAUGUGUAUAGUAAAACCCGAUGGACCGCCUCAGCUGUGUAAAACAGAUGAGAUUGGAGAGAUCUGUGUUAGCUCCAGAGCAGGAGGAAUGAUGUAUUAUGGGCUGGCAGGGCUGACAAAGAAUACAUUUGAGGUUAUUCCUCUGAACUCAGCUGGCUCUCCAGUGGGUGAUGUGCCAUUUGUCCGUUCCGGCUUGCUGGGCUUUGUUGGACCUGGCAGUUUGGUGUUUGUGGUUGGAAAAAUGGAUGGAUUGCUGACAGUCAGUGGGCGGAGACACAAUGCUGAUGACAUCGUGGCAACUGGGUUGGCAGUAGAGUCAAUAAAAACAGUUUACAGAGGAAGGAUUGCUGUGUUCUCGGUAUCUGUCUUCUAUGAUGAGAGGAUUGUGGUGGUGGCAGAGCAGAGGCCAGAUGCAUCUGAAGAGGACAGUUUUCAGUGGAUGAGUCGAGUACUGCAGGCAAUUGACAGCAUUCACCAAGUGGGUGUAUAUUGCCUUGCUCUUGUGCCAGCUAAUACAUUGCCAAAAACUCCACUGGGAGGGAUCCAUAUCUCUCAAACUAAACAGCACUUUCUGGAGGGCUCUCUGCAUCCGUGCAACAUCCUCAUGUGCCCACACACCUGUGUGACGAACUUGCCAAAACCCAGGCAGAAACAGCCAGGUGUUGGCCCUGCCUCUGUGAUGGUGGGGAACCUGGUUGCUGGGAAGCGCAUUGCUCAAGCCUCUGGAAGAGAUCUUGGUCAAAUAGAAGACAAUGAUUUAGUUAAAAAGCACCAGUUCCUGACGGAGGUAUUACAGUGGAGAGCUCACGCAACUCCUGACCACCCACUCUUCCUCUUAUUAAAUGCCAAGGGAACUGCUGUGUGUACAGCCACCUGCCUUCAGUUGCACAAAAAAGCGGAGAGAAUUGCAUCAGUGCUGUGUGACAAAGGACAUCUCAAUGCAGGAGACAACGUGGUGCUUCUUUAUCCUCCCGGCAUUGAGCUAAUCACCGCGUUCUAUGGCUGUUUGUAUGCUGGCUGCAUCCCUGUGACCGUGAGACCACCUCAUGCUCAGAGCCUCACUGCUACCCUGCCCACUGUGCGAAUGAUCGUGGAAGUCAGCAAAGCUGCCUGUAUUCUCACAACCCAGACCUUAAUGAGACUACUGAAAUCCAGAGAGGCAGCUGCUGCUGUGGAUGUGAAAACCUGGCCAACCAUCAUUGAUACAGAUGACUUGCCCAGGAAGCGGCUUUCUCAGAUCUAUAAACCACCUACGUCUGAAAUGUUAGCAUAUCUAGAUUUUAGUGUUUCCACAACAGGCAUGCUUACAGGAGUGAAGAUGUCCCACGCAGCAGUGAGUGGCCUCUGCAGGGCCAUCAAGCUUCAGUGUGAGCUCUACUCCUCUCGGCAGAUUGCCAUUUGUCUUGACCCCUACUGUGGACUAGGUUUUGUGCUCUGGUGCCUUUGCAGUGUGUAUUCUGGACACCAGUCAAUUUUAAUUCCUCCUAUGGAGCUGGAAUCCAAUCUUUCUCUAUGGUUAUCUACUGUCAGCCAGUAUAAAAUAAGGGACACUUUCUGUUCCUAUUCAGUCAUGGAACUGUGCACAAAGGGACUUGGAAACCAAGUUGAAGUGUUAAAGGCACGAGGAAUUAAUCUGUCCUGUGUCCGGACGUGUGUGGUGGUUGCAGAGGAACGACCGCGAGUUUCUCUCACUCAUUCCUUCUCAAAACUCUUCAAAGACAUCGGCCUGUCAUCUCGUGCUGUAAGCACCACCUUUGGAUCAAGAGUCAACGUUGCUAUCUGUUUACAGGGAACCUCUGGGCCUGAUCCCACCACUGUGUACGUAGAUCUGAAAUCCUUGAGACAUGACAGAGUACGUCUGGUGGAAAGGGGAGCUCCACAAAGUCUGCUGCUUUCAGAAUCUGGGAAGAUUUUACCUGGAGUCAAAGUGGUUAUUGUUAAUCCUGAGACAAAAGGGCCUCUUGGAGAUUCUCAUCUUGGAGAGAUUUGGGUGAACAGCCCGCACACGGCCAGUGGCUACUACACUAUCUACGACAACGAAACCCUUCAGGCCGAUCAUUUCAACACUCGUCUGAGCUUUGGGGAUGCUGCUCAGACGCUUUGGGCUCGGACUGGGUACCUUGGUUUCGUUCGUCGGACAGAGCUUACAGCUGCCAGCGGAGAGCGCCACGAUGCGCUGUACGUUGUUGGAGCACUGGAUGAAACUCUGGAGCUGAGGGGACUGCGUUACCACCCGAUCGAUAUCGAGACCUCUGUAUCCCGGACGCACAGAAGCAUUGCUGAAUGUGCUGUGUUCACGUGGACCAACUUGCUCGUGGUGGUCGUGGAGCUGUGUGGCUGUGAACAGGAAGCCCUGGAUUUAGUUCCUCUGGUUACAAACGUGGUGCUGGAAGAACAUUAUCUCAUCGUGGGAGUGGUGGUGGUAGUUGAUCCUGGAGUUAUUCCUAUCAAUUCCAGGGGGGAGAAACAACGGAUGCAUCUCCGUGACAGUUUCCUAGCUGACCAGUUAGACCCCAUAUAUGUUGCUUAUAACAUGUAGUGCGCGUGGGGAAGCGAGGCUCAGAAACUUCACGGGACCACCAAACACCAAAGGGUGGCCGUAGAAAUGAAGCUGGUGAAAAUUACUAAUACUUGAUAUAAAGUUUGAGAUUGCUGCCACGUUUCCCUUCAUCUCAUCCUGUGGUAUUAAGAUCACGUUAACUACCAAUGGAAAAAAGGAAGCGUGGCGGACAAUGGAAAACAUUUGUAACAGUUUACUGAAAUAUUAGCUUUAUAGCAAAUGCAAAGUUGACAAGCGUGUGAGCUACAAAAUUCCUAAGGCCUUUACAGUAGUGUUACUUUUUUCAUCUGUUGUACAUAUUUGUAUUUUUAUCUAAUACUGUUUUAGGAUUCUCUAAGGGGAGGGUUUAUUUAGUUAAGAUAAUAAACUAUUAAGAGGAGGGUCAUCAGAGUUCUGCAGUUCCCUACUAUAUAAUGUACUUUGCAUCUGUACUGUAGCUAUCCAUUCCGUGGGAUCACACAACUUAUUUAAAAUCGUGCCAUGACCAAAUCAAUAACUUACGGAAUCUAAGAGUUACUUAUUCAUAUAGAUAUUUCUUGAAUUUAAAAAAGAAUUUUGCCUAUAUUUUAAAUAUGUAAAUAUUAUUAUACAUAAUUCACUUAGAUAGAAAAUUAACUCGGGUAAUGAUGACAGCUGAAGGUAGGAAUUAAGGACCGGUAACUUUUGUGGUCCUUAGCAUAAUUACAUUUGGUUAGACAACUAAUGUGAGAUCUUUGCAUCUCGCAAGUUUUCUUCUUUCAGUAUGUAGUCUCUUAUUGCUGGCCAGAAGCGUGUCGUAGCACGUAGAAACCCAUGAUCUAAAGGCACAUCUUCAUAAAUGAGGCUGAGAUAUUUAAACAGUCACGUAGAAUCCGGUAGAAAUCGCAGUGCUAAGUCCAAAAUGCUUGACUGAAACGAUGCACCUCGGUAACAGUCUCUGCCUCCACUCUCUGCAAGCUCGUGUUCAAAGGAGGAAAAAAAUCCUGUAGAUCAACGCGCAAUUAAAUUCACUGUUUGUGCAAUUCAGUCAUUAUUCCAUCAGUUCCCUCUAGGGUAUAGCGAGAAUCACAGUAGAUACACUCUGCUGUAAGCUGGGAGACGGUGACCCAGAUUCCUUCCAAACAUUCCCUGGAAACAAUGGGAUAUUUCUGGGAUUUGGGCUGAGAGCAGUUCUACUACAGCAGGCGGCACAAAAACGCAGCAGCAGUUCUGGUAAUUGCGUCGUUAAAAUUAAUAUCCCAAGCUUCAGAAUGCCGUGUUUGUGUUCACCCUGGUCAACGUGAAGAAGCAGGAGCCGUAGGGAAGCGGGUCCAGGCUCUCCCUGCUGUUAGGGAGCAGCUGCACGCUGGGCUGAAGGGAGAGAUGGCGUGUAAGCUCUGACUCAGCAUGACCUUUCUUUCGUGUAAUCCUGAAUAAUACUCUCAAUUCCUAUGGGUGUUAAGGAAAUAUGAUUUUGGAAGCAAUGAGAGUUGAUACCAGAUAUUGCAGCAGGGUUUUUUGUUUUUGUUUUGUUUUGUUUUGGUUUUUUUUGAGUCAAAUACGGUAUACAGUGUAAAUAAACUUGUUACUAAAAUGCUCCACAUUACCUCGUUCCAAAUUUGUAGGCGGUUUUUAAGAGGUUUAUAGGAUGAGCUCUGAAGAUCCUGUGGCAGUUAUCAGCGCAGAACCUGGCGGAUCUGGAAGCAUCACAGUUUUGUGCUUGAAAAAAACUGGUGCGUCCUGUUAGCUCGUCACUGAGGACAGGAGUACUGCGGUGUAGAUAGGAAGUUCUGAAUAUUUCUGGAAAGCAUUCGGUGCCGAAAUAGAAACUGCAAGAUUACUGUGGCCCAUCUCGAGUUGAGUUCUUCACAAACGCUUCAGUUUAUAGGUGCCCAUUUUUUAACUGGUUUAUUUUUCCCCCUCGGCUGCUGUAAUGAGACAGCAUCGCAGAUGAAACUUUCGUGGUGUUGUGCUGCUGCAUGGAUGUGACAGGUUUUCUGCUCCUGUGUCUAGCUCCUUACAGCAUGCAUCCUAAAAUACCUGCACGUGAAGUCUUCAGUAUGUUUAGUUUUAGCAAAUUGGCCACGAUGGAAGGACAGCGACAGGUAUAGCUGUGACUAAUACAGUUGGUACUGCAACUGCUUAUUUCAAGUGUAAACUGCACUGAAAUUGUUAUUCCCUUUCAGCCAGCAGUGGGAGAGUCUCCUUGUUUUGCUAUGCACCGCUUUCUCUUUGGUUUUUCUUGCACAGCAAAGCGACCUGCAGUACAGCCUCACUUUGUUGCUGCAUAUUUCAAGGGACAAAAACAACACAGGGCCUUGACUUUUUCCUACUGAAAUGAAAGCUUUGGGUAACCAGUUCCAACACACACCUCGUUUGUCCGUCGAAAUGGAUUUUAAGCACAGAUCUAGGAUUUUCUUUUAUUUUACUUGCCUUUUUCUUUUCAAAAAUAAAAAAGUGGAUGUAUUAAUUUGAUCAGAGAUUCCCAGUACGAGGCAGAUUGACUUUGUGAAAUGGAUUUUUUCGAAUGCCACACUUGAUUUGUUUUUUUCCUUCGGUUUUUGUAUGGAGAAGUAUUCGAUAGUUUCUUACAUUUGGGGCUUUUGUCUCGCAAGUUUACUGCGCGCUCUUCAUCUUUAUCCUGGCAUAUUACAUUUCUCUGAGAACUAAAUUCACGGUCCUGUCCUAAGAAUAAGAUAACAUGCUACUCUUGGUUGCCAGUAAGCGACAUGUAAAGCUGGCUGGUUUUGAUUUCAUUGAAUGCUUUCAUCUGUUUUUGGCACAGUGAAAAAGCAGUGUAUUGGAGAGGAAGAAGUAUGGAGCUGUGAGUCUGGAAACCCCGAUUUCUAACUCCAGCUCUGCUAAUGACUUGCCACAAGGCCUUCAACAGGUCAUUUCACUCCUUCAGUUUCUUCAUCUGUAGAUGAGGAUAUUACCUAAUCCUUACAACAUCCCUGUGAGGUAACUAACUGUACAGCACUAAGUGCUAAGUAUUUUUCAUUGCUAGCCUCUUUGAGGUCAGGGUCAGUUUGUUCUUCCAAACUGAUAAAUGAUUAUUUGAUUGUCUUGGGAGGGCUGUCAAGAGAUGUGACCAUUUCACUUCCAAAUGCUUGCUUGGUGUCUUUCCACGUGAAAACAGAGAGAUUUAACUUCACUAAACUGGCAGGGCCACUGAAGGUUCGGAUGUGGCGUGUUCAGGUUCAGAGUUGGGUUCUGUUCCGUAGCUGCUGAAUCAAGUGUUGAAUCCCAAGAAGCAGGCUCUCCAUGCUCGUUUGGCUUUGCAGCUUAUCCAGUUGCAGAGGACAGAUAAUUUCCUCUUGCUCUCUGCCAGAUUCCAAGCUACCAGCUGCAGUGAAACAUAAACUAGGAAUUUUUACCGGUUGGAACUAAAAUAUUUUGUAUGUCUUACUGUUUAUGAGUACUCCCUAAGCAGAAUGUGUGGGUACAGGUAAUUUCAAGUCCUGUUUCGUUAACAUUUGCACUGCAUCUCUGGUUUAAGUAAAUGUAAUUAAGAUGUGUCAUACUAACUGUCCUAAAAAGGUUGUAAAAAUGAUAAAUUCUAGCCCUAAAUGCAAUUUUUCUUUAAUUUCUGUCAACCUAUUUACCAUUGUCAAAUUCAGACUACAGCAUUAUGUAAUUAUGUAAAAAGUUUUUAUUUAUUUAAAAUUAGAUUAGAUAUACAUUUUUAAAUUUAACAUCUGGCUGGACAGUGUUCCAUUAACGCAUUGAUUGUGUUUCCUUUGUCUUGUGUUAAUAAAUAUUGAUGCCUGA